UGCUGUACUUCUGUACCUAAGCCCGAGAUGCUCCUCCGUUUAGGGAACUCUCGUAACCAAUGGCUGCGCCGCCGUCAUGGCUAAACUGGGCGUUUACUGGAGCUUACCGGAGUCUCCUCAGCGGUCAUCUGGCUGCUCUCAUGUGCUUGUUACAGAAGUUACACAAGAGCUGAGGUUGCUGUUGUUUUAUUUCCCUGACUAAGCGGUGUGGUACUUAGCUACAAGUCCCGAUCAAAGCCGAGUACAAAAAAAGAAAAGUAAUUUCAAGCCGUUUAUGGAGCCGAUAGGUAAAGAUGCGAGGACGAAUCCGGCUGCUUCGGCGAAUAUAUUUUCUCAGAUACUUUUCUGUUGGUUAAAUCCCCUGUUUCGCAUCGGAUACAGACGAAGACUCGAGGAAGAUGACAUGUACAAGUUGCUCCCUUCAGAUGGCUCCAAGAGACUCGGGGAAGAACUUCAGGGCUAUUGGGACCAUGAAGUGGAGACGGCAGCUAAAGAACUCAGAACUCCUAAACUUACCAAAGCCAUUAUCAAGUGUUAUUGGAAGCCAUAUACCCUCUUGGGUAUAUUCACCUUUAUUGAGGAAUGUAUUAAGUUGGUGCAGCCAGUGUUUCUGGGCAAGCUUAUUCGAUACUUUGAGAACUAUGAUCCCAGUAACAUGGAUGCACUCUAUGAGGCAUAUGGCUAUGCUGCUGGGGUGUCUAUCUCCACACUGGGCCUCGCUUUAAUGCACCACCUUUAUUUCUUCCAUGUCCAAAGAGCUGGCAUGAGAUUUCGCAUUGCCAUGUGCCACAUGAUUUACAAGAAGUCAUUGUGCCUUAAUAGUGUCGCUAUGGGAAAGACCACCACAGGGCAGACUGUCAACCUGUUAUCAAAUGAUGUCCAAAAAUUUGAAGAGGUGACAAUUUUUUUGCACUUUCUAUGGGUGGGGCCACUUCAAGCUGCAGCUGUUGUUGGACUUUUGUGGCAGGAGAUUGGACCUUCAUGCCUAGCGGGUAUGGCAGUGCUCCUUUUCCUGUUGCCACUGCAGUCCAUGUUUGGAAAACUUUUCUCAAAAUUCAGGAGUAAAACAGCAGUCCUUACUGACAGCAGAAUACGCACAAUGAAUGAGGUAGUGUCUGGGAUACGAAUUAUUAAGAUGUAUGCAUGGGAAAAGCCGUUUGCAGCAUUGAUCAACGACCUCAGAAAGAAAGAAAUUUCUAAAAUCAUGAGCAGCUCCUAUCUGCGUGGCAUGAACAUGGCCUCCUUCUUCUCUGCAAGCAAGAUAAUUGAAUUUGCGACAUUCACUGUGUACGUCUUGGUGGGAAACAAAAUCACAGCCAGCCGUGUGUUUAUGGCUGUGUCGCUGUACAGUGCAGUCCGCCUCACCGUCACACUCUUUUUCCCUGCUGCGGUAGAGAAAGUGUCUGAGGCCAGCAUCAGCAUCCGUAGGAUCAAGAAGUUCCUUUUGCUGGAUGAGUUGGCUAAACCCGACGCUGCCGUUUCUCAAGAGGAAAAGAUUGAGGCAUCUGUGGAGAUAAAGGAUCUCAUUUGCUACUGGGAGAAGAGUCUGGAUGUUCCAACGCUGCAAAACAUAUCCUUCGGAGUGAAAAUGGGUCAGCUCAUUACUGUUAUUGGCUCUGUUGGCUCUGGAAAGUCUUCCCUGCUCAGCACCAUUCUGGGCGAGCUGCCACAUGACAAAGGUAUAGUGAAAGUCACUGGGAAUUUGACCUAUGCGUCCCAGCAGCCCUGGGUGUAUCCAGGUACUAUCCGCAGCAACAUCCUGUUUGGAAAGGAGCUCCAGCCACAAAGAUAUGAGAAGGUUUUAAAGGCAUGUGCUCUUAAGAAGGAUAUGGAGAUACUCCCUGAGGGAGAUCUGACUGUGAUUGGGGACCGAGGUGCUACACUCAGUGGAGGUCAGAAGGCUCGAGUUAACCUGGCCAGGGCUGUGUAUCAAGAUGCUGAUAUUUACCUAUUGGAUGAUCCACUAAGUGCAGUCGAUGCAGAAGUGGGACGACAUCUGUUCGAUCGCUGUAUCUGUGGCAUUCUAAAGAAGAAACCAAGGAUCCUGGUGACUCACCAGCUCCAGUUUCUGAAAGCAGCUGAUCAUAUCCUGGUUUUGAAAGAGGGUCAAUUAGUGGUGCAGGGCACAUACACAGAGCUUCUAAAUUCAGGUGUGGACUUUACAUCUCUGUUAAAAAAGGAUGAGGAAGAAGAGCAGAAAGGUGGGACUGGGCCCAUAGAGUCUUCUCGCAACCGAACCCUUUCACAGAACUCUGUUCGCUCGGGGACCUCAUCAGUUGUGUCCAGUAAAGAUGACACAGAUCAGCUGCCUGAAGAACAUGUUCAGACCAUGUCAGACGAGAGUCGCUCUGAGGGGAACAUAGGGUUCCGCAUGUACAUGAAAUACCUCAAUGCUGGAGUCAGUGCCUUCGUGCUGCUCCUCCUUGUUCUGCUUAACCUGCUUGCACAGACAUCCUAUAUUCUUCAAGACUGGUGGCUUGCUUACUGGGCUACUGCACAGGAGAAGCUAAAUGUGCUAAACCAAAACCAUACCUUCAUCAACAGUAGCCUUAAUCAGAAUACCACUCUAGAACUCUCUAUUGAUUUCUACCUGGGCAUUUAUUCAGGUUUAACAGUGACCACGCUUCUCUUCGGGUUUACGCGCAGUCUGAUUAUGUUUAAUGCUUUAGUGCGCUCUGCCCAGGAGCUCCACAAUCGCAUGUUCAACUGUAUCCUCAGGGCCCCUGUGCGCUUCUUUGACAUUAACCCUAUCGGAAGAAUUCUUAAUCGGUUUGCAAAGGACAUUGGUCACAUAGACUCUAUGUUGCCCUGGACAUUUGUGGACUUUAUCCAAGUGUUUUUGCAAAUCGUAGGUGUCAUCGCUGUGGCUACUUCUGUCAUCCCAUGGAUUCUGAUCCCUGUGCUGCCUCUCCUAAUAGUCUUCCUCUUUCUUCGGCGCUACUUCCUCCAGACCUCACGUGACAUCAAACGUCUUGAAGCUACUACUCGAAGCCCUGUAUUUUCUCACUUGUCAUCUUCACUGCAAGGCCUAAGUACAAUUCGUGCCUUCAAAGCUGAGGAAAGAUUCCAGCAAACCUUUGAUUCUCAUCAAGACCUGCACACAGAGGCCUGUUUCCUAUUCCUGACCACGUCACGCUGGUUUGCUGUGCGUCUGGAUGGAAUGUGUUCAGUGUUUGUCACCAUUACAGCCUUCGGGUGCCUUGUACUGAGAAACAGUUUGGAUGCAGGUGCUGUUGGCUUAGCCUUGUCCUAUGCAGUAACACUCAUUGGAAUGUUCCAGUGGGGGGUCAGACAGAGCGCUGAAGUUGAAAAUCUGAUGACCUCGGUAGAAAGAGUGGUGGAAUACACAGAGCUGGAGAAUGAAGCAGCAUGGGAAGCGCAUAAGCCUCCUCCAAAGUGGCCAAGCCAGGGAUUGAUCACUUUUGACCAGGUCAAUUUCUCCUACAGUUCCAAUGGACCACUGGUGCUGAAAAACUUAAAAGCAAUGUUUAGACCCAAAGAGAAGGUUGGCAUCGUGGGUAGGACAGGUGCAGGAAAGAGUUCUCUGAUCUCUGCACUGUUCCGACUGGCAGAGCCACAAGGAAAGAUCUAUAUAGAUGGUGUGUCAAUUGCUGAUCUUGGCCUCCAUGACCUUCGCCAGAAGAUAUCCAUUAUUCCACAAGAUCCAGUGCUAUUCACUGGCACCAUGAGAAAAAACCUGGACCCCUUUCAGGAGCACUCAGACAAGGACCUAUGGAAUGCUUUAGAAGAGGUACAACUGAAAUCUGUGGUGGAGGAGUUGCCUGGUAAACUAGAGACCAUUCUGGCUGAAUCUGGUUCUAACUUCAGUGUUGGUCAGCGGCAGCUUGUGUGUCUUGCCAGGGCCAUCUUGAGGAAGAACCGAAUACUUAUUAUUGAUGAGGCUACAGCUAACGUAGACCCCAGAACAGAUGACCUCAUUCAGAAGACCAUUAGGGAGAAGUUCCGUGAAUGCACUGUCUUAACUAUUGCCCAUAGACUCAACACAAUCAUAGACAGUGACCGAAUACUGGUUCUCGAUGGGGGCCGCAUACAUGAAUACGAUGAACCCCAUUUGCUGCUCCAGAACAAGGAUGGAAUAUUUUACAAGAUGGUUCAACAGACAGGAAAAGCAGAGGCUGCUUCAUUGAUACAGCUAGCCGAACAGGCACAUAUGAACUCCCAUCAGCCAAAGUUGGCCAAUGGCCUGACCUCCAGCAAAGAAGCUAACCUGGUUAUCUUUGAGACUGCACUGUGAGAGCCUAGUGCAAUUAUGUUCGGAGGCGUCCCUCAGCAAGCCGACCACUUGCAUCUAAAGAAGGUUUAGAUUACAUCUGUACAUAUUUCAAUUGUUGUAUUUAAGUUUACUUUUUUGUUGUUGUUUUUAUUGCUGUUUUGCAACAUCAAAUUGAAUUAUAUUGGAAUGAUAUUUUCUUCUACAAAUUUUUAAGUCACCCUCCAGAAAUAGAUUUAGACUAGUAUUUCAUUUUGAGGAGAACAUACUAAAUAUGUUCAAUAGGCUAUACUGGUAUAUAUAUACUGGUUGUGGAAUAUCACAUUCAAAAGCCAUAGGCAUCCCUGCCUUUUUGACUACUGUAUGAACUUCCACUGCAAUAGUGGAGCAUAUCUGUGGGGAUUAGAGCAAAUUCAGAUAUAGAAGCAUUACUAAGGUUGGCAUGGAUUUCUAGGGUGAAGACCUGGCAUUCUGUCAGUGUUUCAGUUUAUACCUAAGAUGCUCAAUGGGGUUGAGGACAUGGCUCUCAGUUAAGUUCCUACGAACCAACCAUGGAAAGCCAUCUCUCUAAUCUUCACUUCACUGCACAGGUGCAGUCUGAUUGACUAUGCUGAAGUGAGAUUAUCAGUGCCUUAAAACCAGUAUAGUGGCCAAAUAAUAAAUUGGAGGGAGUUCAAUUUUCAGCACAUGUUGACUGAAUAUAUGUUUGUUUAAUCUGCACUACACACGCUGCAUUUCUUAAUCGUUCCGCCUCUAGCUAGGCUACAUGGGGCAAAAAACUCCCUGUGUGUGGGAAUUCAGUAUACUUUGUGUUUAUCUGUAUACUUUGUGUUUGUAUUGUGCAAUUUUUUGCACGUGCUGCAAUACUGCUCAGAAAUAAAGAAAUAAAAUAAGAAAAGAAAUUUAAGAAAUGUAUUUAAAAUUAUGAAAUGUCUUGUAUGUUCAUUAAACACGUUCAUUUGUUCAGUCUGAA